AUGAGCGAUCACUCGGGGUGUUUGGUUGGCUGGCUGCUGCCGGGAUCGAUGGUUGCUGGAGGUCGAGGAUUGGUGAUUGGUGGAAUGUUUGCCCAAGUACCCAGUCGGGAUAAUGCAAUCCGUCCUCUCCUUAGCGCCUCCCCUCCCGCCUUAAGCUUCACAACGCCACACCCACCCCACCAACAGAUCAGACGCAUAAUCCACCCGAAUUUAAGCUAUUCAAAUCCCUGGGCUAUUUCUAAAGAUAGUAUAGACCUAGAUAUCCUGUUUUCCAUUGACGUUCUGGAUGCCCCCCUAAUGACUUCUACUCUGUAA